GCUUGUCUAUCGAAAAAUCAAUCGCUGGAGUACCGCCACUAAAGAAAAGCGUAGAAAUUUUUUAAUAUAGUUUAUAAUCAGAAAAUAUGACUGCAUCCGUUGAAUUGAGCUCAUAUCGCGAUCAGCACUUUAAGGGCUCUCGCUCGGAGCAAGAGAGAUCGCUUCGCGACUCGUGUACACUAUAUGUUGGAAAUCUUAGUUUCUACACGACGGAGGAGCAGAUCCACGAGCUCUUCUCCCGCUGCGGCGAUGUCCGGGUCAUAGUAAUGGGUCUGGACAAGUACAAGAAGACGCCCUGUGGCUUCUGCUUCGUGGAGUACUAUAUAAGAUCGGAGGCGGAAGCUGCCAUGAGAUUUGUGAAUGGCACCCGCUUGGAUGAUCGACUGAUUCGUGUGGACUGGGACGCCGGCUUCAUUGAGGGCAGGCAAUAUGGACGCGGCAAAACCGGCGGCCAGGUGCGCGAUGAAUAUCGUACGGACUACGACGCCGGACGGGGAGGUUACGGCAAGCUGCUAUCCCAGAAGAUCGCCCCAAACACCGAUAACCGCUAGCCCUACGAUAAGAUUAACGUCUAAGCCUCCACAAUUAGUUAUUAAAGCAACCACCUAGAUAUAACA